CUGCAGCAGUGAAAGCAGUGCAAACAUGUUUUACUUGUAAUUCAAAGUAGUAAUACAUCAAAGAAUACUCCAGUGCCUCGACCGGUCACGUUUAAAGAAAGAAACAGAGACAAGCUACAACUUUAACAAUACAAAGUUGUAUAGCUUAUUGUAUAAGCUGUACUGUAACUUAUUUAAUGAAUCAGGUGCAUCUUUGUGGUUGUUUUCUGUCUCUUUGUGAGCGUUUUGCAGCUUUGAGCUAAUUUUGUGUGUAUUUUUGCAUGUAUUUGUGGUCGUUUUGCUUUUCUUUGUAGUGUUGUGGCUCUGUGUGUGUCUUGCAGUUUGUGUUUUCAAACUUUUUGUGUCUAUGUGGUAUUUUUGCGUGUAUUUUGUUUGUUAUUCCUCUCUUUGUGCUCAUUUUGCAUCUCUUUCUUUUUGCAAAUCUUUGCGUUCAUUCUUCGUCUCUGUGGUAUUUUUUAUAGCUAUUUGUGGUCUGGUAUUUUAACGUGAAUUUGUGGUUGUUUUUCGUCUCUUUGUGCUUGUUUCGCCGCCUGACCUCUUUGUGCCCAGUAUUAAUCCACCCAUGUGUCUCUCACUGUCUCACUGUUUGCUUUUCACUUCCGUGGACUUGCUCAGAUUCUAUCCAUCAAUUCUAUUCAGCUCAUGAUGGAACAGGUUCCUCAAACAAUGAGACGUCUUUUGUUUCAGGUUUCUGGUCAUUAAUCAAUUUCUGGCACAUGAAAUGUAGCGAAACAACCCAACGUGAACGUAAAAUUAAUCAGAAGCCACAAUAUAUCGCCAACUCCCAGAAUGAGCCAGUUCUAAAAUGAAUCAUCAGACGUAUCUGACGGGUGUGGCUGCUACUUUUUUAAUCUUUCCACACAUUCAGGUAUUUCACCUGUCUGAGGGCUCACCUGUCCUACACCUGUGUGAGGAGUAUUUUUUCCACCUUGUGCCAAAGACAAGAUCAACAACAAUGAUUGUUGUAAUUGGCAUUAGCCCCACCACCUAACAUCUCUAAAGUGUCAUUCACUGGAGCUGAACACUGACUUUUACCACACAUUCAGUUUGUAACUGACUAUGCAUGUGAGCACAGACACACCUUCUGUGUGAGGUGUGUCCGUACCUGGGAGGGCGGGACUUCAUACUUGUCUCCAAACCGAACCCCGACCAGUUUUCAGAGGACGCUCUGCCAUCCCGUGUGUGUGUCACAUAAAGUAAACUCUUGUCUUUGCUCCGUCCUUUCCUCCGUCACCAUGCCUGAGACUGCAGAGGCCCACUCCGUCACCAUCACCACCAACCGCAACUGCACCAUAGAGAUCACCAACGUCAGCUCUGUCUUCUGCCUUGUCAACCCAAAGGUGCACAUGGAGAGCGGCUUCGUCUUCAACCCUCCACAGCCGACCCUGCGCACCACCAAGACCGAGGUGUGCUCUUUCACCAAGGACGACAACACGGCGUCCGGCGCCGUGGGGGUCAUGACCUACGAGCUGUUCGACAUGCGCAGCCGCCGCUGCAACGAGGUGAUGGCCGUCAUGUUCUCGGUGCCUUUCGACUACACCUUCUACAAGAACUGGCUGGGCGUGGGCAUUUUUGAGCACACGCGGGAAUGCGACGGCAAGCUGUUCGACCUCAUGUACAAGACGAAGGACUUCACCAACUUUGUGCGCCACGAGGCCGACGGCUCGGGGGUGACGUACCGGGGGAGGAUGGUGGACGUGAGGGCGUGCAUGUCCGACGAGGGCAAGGCCAUCAUCAAACUGGAGAUCUACGACAAGAUGGGCAGAUGAAGAGUUU